AUGUAUAUCAAACUGAGCUGUAUUAUCGCAAUAAUCUCCCCCGGUAUCACACAGAGUUCGAUUCUCGGGUCUUGGUCCCCGGCGACGCUGCUGUUCUAUGCCAAGAACAUAUUCAGCGGAACGAGACUCGAAAAGACUCAGGUCAAGGAGGACUUGCACCAGCUGGGUGGCGACUUCAUCGUUGGUCAAGACGGGAAGUUACUGCUUAGUCACCCCUCUACAUCGCCCAUCGAUCGGGUGGCUGUGAGUGAUAUAAUGGACUGCAUUCGCAAGGCUGUCGGUGUUAGUGUCGGUGUCAGUGACGAGUGUAGUCAUACGGACUGUAGCGCACAUGCACAUGGACAUACUAAUCGCGCGGACAGUGAAGUGGUGGGAUCUGAGCCAAAGGAGGACGACGCUGAGGAUGGCGAGUGCAGCACGUGA